CUCUGCUGUUCUGAUAUGCAAACCGAAGUAGCAAAGAUGCCUCAUGUGUUACCACACCAGCGGGGCUUUCCAGUAGUCAACUGUAAGGAGUCCGCAUAACGAAGGAAGCAAGAGAUACUGCCAAUGACUGGAAGAGCACGCACCAGUCAGGAGACGGAGUCAGUGACUAUCUCUCUUGAGCCUCGCCCGGAAAGCGCAUCCCAUCCACGGUCAUCUUUGACAAAAUUGGUUCAUUUCUCCGCGGACGUACAAUACCUGUAUGGGCUUGUUCUGGGGCUUAUUCUGGGGCUUAUUCCAAAAUCAGCAGAAAGCCCUUGCGAACUGCUUCACCCGGUGCAUACGCCCUGGUAAAACUUCUUCAAUGACACCGCGACAUGCAACUAUGUACCUUCUUAACUCAAAAGCCACUACUUUUAUAUUCGCUCUCUUUCUUUAAA